CUCUGCCAUCGACAGAAUCGUCCCCGCAAGCCUCCAAGGCCUGGAGUCGAGUGACACUGGAGAAGUUCUUCCAUUGGGUCGUUGACCGCACCCCCUUCCAGGACGUUGGCAUCCCCGACAUCCAGGGCAUCAACUGGGUCGACAACCUUGCUCCCUUCAUCGAGCGCAAGCUCUUCACCGUCAACACUGGCCACGCCACCGCCGCUUACCAUGGCUACAACCGAAGAAAGCGUACUGUCUACGAUGCUCUCCAGGACAAGGAGAUCAUGGCCGAGGUGCGCGGUGCUCUCAUGGAGACCAAGAGCCUGAUCGUCGCCAAGCACGAGAUCGACGAGGAGGCCCAGGCCGCUUAUGUCGAGAAGAUCAUCAAGCGAAUCGGCAACCCCCACUUGGAAGAUGCCGUUGAGCGAGUUGGCCGUGCUCCCCUGCGCAAGCUCUCUCGCAAGGAGCGAUUCGUCGGCCCUGCUGCCGAGCUCGCUGAGAACGGACAGAACAUCAAGUACCUCCUCGAUGCCAUCGAGAUGGCUUUCCGCUUCCAGGAAGUUACCGACGACGAGGAGUCCAAGGAGCUUGCCAAGAUCAUGUCAGAGAAUGGACCCGAGGAUGUCGUCAAGCAAAUUUGCGGCAUUCAGGACAACGAGAAGAUCUUCCCCGAGCUUGUCAACGUUGUGCAACGUGUCCAGGCCGACAGUGCUGAGGACUAAUCUGGAUGCUUUUAUCUCGGUUCAUUUACUAGAUUGGUUUUUACGAGGCAUGGCGUUUUAUGAGGUUACGAUACAACAUUUGUCAGCAUGGCGCAGGAUUGGAUAUUAGGACUCGAUAUGCAUAAGUCCUUUGGUUUAUAGAUUGAUAUAGCGAUGAAUACAUCGGUUUCUCAACUUA